UUCGAUUUAAUUCUUCAACCGGCAGGGUGGAGAGGUUCAGCAGUCCGCAGCCUGGCAGUGUAAUCCUCUUGCCGGGAGGAGCAGGGAAAGCCCUCCCCAGACUGAGCCGCAGAGAGGAGCCGAGAUUAGAGCCGGACACACGGGGAGAGUUCACCGGAGUGCUCGCUCUUUUUUUGGAGCUUUUGUCCUGCUGCUGGGAGCUUUUUUGAACUGAGUGAUACAGACUCUGAGGAUCAUUCACACUUCACAUCAUGAGUGGACCGACAAAUGUUCAGUACCAGUCAGGUCUUUAUGGAGAAAACAACAACAGCAGCUCUCCUAUCUCCAGCCGUGGCAAUUCGCCCAUCGUGUGUGAGCGCUGUGGGGACGUGUGUCGUGGAGAAGUGGUGCGCGUCAAAAACACACACUUCCAUGUUCAGUGCUUCACCUGCCAAGUGUGUGGCUGUGAUCUGGUGCACUCUGGUUUCUUCCACCACUCCGGAGAGUACAUCUGCACUGAGGACUACCAGCGGCUCCAUGGGACCCAGUGUGACAGCUGCAGCCAGUACAUCACUGGGGAGGUGGUCUCUGCCCUGGGGAGGACGUACCACCCACACUGCUUUGUGUGCAGCAUCUGCAGGAGUCCGUUCCCAAUUGGAGACAGGGUGACCUUCUGUGGGAAGAAGUGUGUGUGUCAGCAGUGCUCACACACUCUGAAAAGCGACAAGCCCAUCAAGGUUCACGGGCCAAGCUACUGUGCCGGCUGUGGGGAGGAGAUCAAACAGGGACAGUCCCUGCUGGCUCUGGAGAGGCAGUGGCACGUCAGCUGCUUUAAAUGCCGAACGUGCGGCUGUCCGCUCACUGGAGAGUACAUCAGCAAAGAUGGGAUCCCUUACUGUGAGAGUGACUACCACACUCAGUUUGGGAUCAGGUGUGACGGCUGUAACCGCUACAUCAGCGGCAGAGUUCUUGAGGCUGGAGGGAAGCGUUACCACCCCAGCUGUGCCCGGUGUGCUCGCUGUCACACGAUGUUCUUGGAAGGAGCGGAAAUGUACAUCACAGGUUCAGAGGUUUGGCACCCCAUGUGUAAAGAAGCUGCUCGACUGGAGAGGAAACUGAGGCUGAGGCGCACCUCGGAGACGGUGUCCAUCUCUUCUCCGGGUUCCUCUCCUCUCCUCGGCUCCCCUCACCGGCUCAUCUGUUCCAAAGGCGACGGUGAAGUGUUGGACUAUAAGCAGCUGGCGGCUCUGCCCCGGGUCAAAGCCAUCUAUGACAACCAGAGGCCUGACAUCAUCCCUUAUCAGGCGGACCAUGCACACACACACAACUCUGAUGACACUUUGGAGAGAUACAGCUGCGUACAGUCAUUGGGCUCCUUAUCAGCAUACUCUCAUGAUCUCUUGGACGGCGUUGAGCUGAGGACGAGGCGUUCCAGCUCCACCUUCACUGACUCUCCCUCACACAGCCGCCACGGAGGCUCCCCCCUGCAUUACUAUCUCCCCGGCAGUGAGAGUGGCAGGAGUUCACCUUAUUACAGUCAGCCCAGGUGUUCCUCACCCACCACCACCUCCUUCCAAGCCCCAAAGCAUUUCCAUGUGCCAGAUUCUGAGGACACCAACAUCUACAGGAAACCCCCCAUCUAUAAAAGAAAAGACAUAUCUGCCUCUCCGACAGUCUUUAAGAGUAAGACCAAUGAGAACCUCCUCAAUUCCAGUCGCCUUUCCACCUCCAACUGCAGCAGCAUUUAUCACCCGGACUCCAACUACUACCCAUAUACCGGCUCUCCAAAAGUCUCCAGGGUGAGGAGGUUUUCUGCCGGAGGAGAAGAGGAUGGAUGGAAUCAAAAUAUUAACAAGGGAAUUGGCAGGAUGAUCCUGAAGGAGGAGAUGAAAGCGCAGUCCGGUCGUCACGACAAUGACCAAUGGAGCAGCAGGCGCAGUUCCCGCUGUAGCAGCAAGGAGGCGCUGAACAACCUCGCCUACAGCUCUCUCAACGGCUCUCCCAAGUCCGUCUACAGUUUAGACAGCGACUCAUGCAUUGCCAAAUCAUCCUCGUUGCCAGGCUACGGCAAAAAUGGACUGAGGCAGCCUGGCAGUGCGGGUGCAGAUUAUUACCAGUAUGACAGCAGUAAUGCAGUUAAUUGGCAGAUCAGAGAAUACAAGAUCUACCCAUACGAAGCCCUAAUAGUGUCAGUUAGAGGGCAGCAGCGUCUCCCGAGUGACGUGGACCGAGCCAGACUGGAGCGUCACCUCUCCCCGGAGGAGUUCUUCAGAGUCUUUGGGAUGGCCAUGUCUGCCUUUGAUCUUCUUGUUCAGUGGAAGAAAAACGAACUGAAGAAACAGGUCCGACUCUUCUGAGAAAAUGAAUCCAUUAGAACCGUUUAACCCUAAUACAGGACCAUCGCCAACUCUGUGUGCUCCGGGAAAUAGUCUCUGCCUGCUGACCCCAGACAGUGGAACAGAAACGGGAUGAAAAAAACAGUCUGUCCUCCCUUGAGGAGGCAAAAUUAAAACCGUUGGCCUCCUUAUCUUGUUUGUUCUUCUUAAGCAAUACACAAGGCAGCCAACUGGCCAAAAGGGAAGGAAAACUGAAAGGAGGGGAAGGAAAACUCGACGGAAAGGAUAAACCUUUGAGAGUCAGCAUAUGGGCCGCACUGGAUCUGCAUAAAACAGAAAAUGUCUGCCUUUCCAUUUUUCUACCAGCAGAUGUCAGUGUGUUAACAGUGGCAGUAUCAUGGGGACCAGUUGGACUGUAAGCUGACUACUUCCUACUAUACUGAGGGUCUGCCACACUGCACCAAAUGUACCUCCAUGAUGAAAAUUAGGGAGAACGUUUAGGAAGCCGAUAUGCUGCUUGGAAGACAAACUGGCAUACUGUUGGAGAGAAAAAGGAUCCAGUUUUCUCCACUCAGACACUAUUGUCAGGCACUCAUAAACCAACGACAACAGUUUUGUUCACAUUAGAUUUAGAUUAAGAGAGAUUUAAUACUGGCCUAUGUUUGUUAAUUUGAUGUCAGAAUUUCUUGAAGCCAUAUCAGUGUUUAACCUAAACACUGAUUCUUUAACCUAAACACUGAUUCUUGAAGCCAUAUCAGUGACAGACUGUACAGUACACUGAAGUGGUGCUAAGGUUUAAUGUGAAUGAACUGUGUCAUUGAAAUCAGGUUUAGUAUUAUACACUUAAAAAUUAGACAUCUAUGUUUAGCUUAUUUUUAUUUAAAUAUGUCAGCUUUUUCCAAUUCAUACUGUACGUGCAGCACU